CUGACGUUGAAUUGUGACAUGUUGUGAUGACAUGACACAAACGCUGUCAUCCUGCCUGCACAACAACAACCACAACAAUCAUGGAGCCGGUCGACAUUGAGGAGCAUGGCACGUUCAAGUAUGUGCUGGUGCGAGUGACCAACCCCAAGACGGGGGAGUCCGAUACGCUUGUUCGGGGCUACGCUGACUGCGAGUACCACCAGGAUGUACUGGACAGGGUGACGCCGGAGGCGAUGGCGCAUGGAUUCGAUUGUGAGCAGCAGGGCGGGGGGCGCAUCGAAGUGGACAAGGACGAGGGCAGCAUCCUCGUCUACGGAUACUCAGUGGCGUUUGGACGCGCGAACCACCAAACUACCGUCGAUAUCCUGAAACAGCGCUUCCCCGAAUACACAAUCACCUUCUCCAACGAAGGCUACUGAUGUGUGUGUGUGUGUAUGUGUGUGUGUGUGAGUGUGUGAGUGUGUGUGUGAGAGAGAGAGAGAGAGUGUGUGUGUGUGUGUGUGUGAAUGUGUGUGUGUGCGUGGCUCCCUUUCGAUACAUCUCCUUCACCCGCCCCUCCCUCCCUCCCUCCCUCUCUCUCUCUCUCACAUUCUGCACGUCUCUCUGAUUCCGUCCCUGAUUCCAUCUCUUCGCCCGCCCCCUCUAUGUGUGUCUGUGUGCUGCGUGCGUGGUCAUACCACCACCUGUGCGCAUCACGCGUGCACACGCACUGUUCUCGUUCGCGCAGCAUCAAGUAAAGUAUAAUCGACGGCCA